AGCCCUGGUUACCCUAGCAACCCCGGCCAGGGAAAGCACGUCAUUGGUCGGAACUCCUCCGGCCUCUGCAGAGCAGCCUGGAGUGGCCCAGUUUGAAGAGCCGAGGAGCUGCUUUUGUAACGGGGAUAACCAUCGCCGCCGAGGAGAAUUCCCUGUUCUUCCGCGGGGGCAUUAAGACCGCAGACGCAGGGACGCUCUGGGAGGGCAGCUGGUCGAGGCCGGCCAAUCAGAGACACCCACAGAAAUGACGUCACGGCGAGAGCCUUGAGAGGUCCCGGGAGGGAAAGCUGGUGUUCGGGGCGGCGGGCCUGGCCAGGGAGCGGAGGAAGCCGGCCGGCCGCAGCCCGUGUGCGCCGUCUGAGCCGGCACUCAUUCUCCGAUGACGACCGAGUGUCCCGAGGACGUCCCCGGCGGCGGCAGGCAGCCGCAGGCCGGAAGGGAAGAAGCGCGCGUUUCGGGAUCGGAGCGGCGGCUGAAGGAGAAGGAGAGCUUCUUCCGCCUUCUGGAAGCUGUUGUCCCCGUGGGAGUCCCAGGGGGACCUCAGCCUGCCUCAAUCCCUGCAGCCAGCCUCCUGCCCAGGAAGAAGAGACAGAGAGCUCUCCCCCUGGUGGAUCCCUGCCCCUCCAUGCCCAGCUCAGCCUGUAGAGGAGCCAGAGGGAUGGCCCCUGGGAGCCCCAGCCCCCCUGCCCAGAAGUUGGUGACAUUCCAGGAUGUGGCUGUGGACUUCACCCAGGAGGAAUGGCACCUCUUGGACCAUUCUCAGAAAGAGCUGUAUAUGGCGGUCAUGCUGGAGAAUGCCCAAAACUUUUUCUUCCUGGGACUUCUAUUUCCCAGAGAAUCCAAUAUCUCCUGUUUUCAGCCAGGGGAAGCCCCAUGGAUGCAAGAGUCAGAGGGCCCAAGAAACUCCUGUCCAGAGAUCAAGUUUAAAGUGAAGGAGAUGGGUACAAAGUUGAGCAUUUUUGCAGAAGAAUCUCACCAUGAAAAAUCCAUAGGUCAUGCUUCCUGUGACUUCAGUUUGAGAGAAAAAUGUGACUCUGAUAUCAAGGCAGAGAGAUAUCCAAAGAGUUAUUAUGAAUUUGAUGAAGAUGGAAAGAGUGUCAGGCAAUAUUCAUUUCUGAUUCAGUGUAAGAAAAUGACUCCAGGGAAGGACUGCUCUCAGCAUGGUAAAUAUAGAGAAUCUUCUAAUGAACAGGUAGAGCAGCUAAUUAAGUCCCAUGAGAAACCUCCCCAAGUAGAAGCCUAUCAAUGUACUCACUAUGAGAUGGUGUUCAGACCCAGUUCAGAGCUCAUUCAGCAUCAGAAAAGUCAUAGUGGAAGAAUGCUUUGUAUACAUAAUGAAAACAGGAAGAUGACCCCAAAGCCAAAGCUCGUUGAUCUACAGAUACUUCAUACCAAAAAAGAAGCUUCUGAAUGUAAUGAGUGUGGAACAACCUACUCUGAUCCCUCAUCUCUUACUGAUCAGCUUCAGUUUCAUAGUGCAAAGAAACCAUCUGCAUGUAAUCAGAGUAGGAAUCCAUUUGAUUGGAAGUCAGACCUUCUUAAACAUCCAGAGGUAUGUACUAGUAAUGAUCCUUAUAAAUGUAAUGAAUGUGGAAUGACCUUUAGCUACAUGUCACAUCUUAUGGACCAUCAGAGAACCCACAAUGGAGAGAAACUUUAUGAGUGUAAUCAGUGUGGAAAGGCUUUUAAAAUCAGCUCCAGUCUUAAGAAACAUCAGAGAAUCCACACUGGAGAAAAACCUUUUGAAUGUUAUCAAUGUGGAAAGACUUUGAGAAGCAUCCUAAGUCUUAGGUAUCAUGAGAAAAUUCAUACAGGGGAGAAACCUUAUGAAUGUCAACAAUGUGGAAAGACUUUCAGAAGCAGCUCCAAUCUUAGUGUUCAUCAGAGAAUCCAUAUUGGAGAGAAACUUUAUCAGUGUGAUCAAUGUGGAAAGGCUUUCAGAAUCAGCUCCAGUCUUAAGAAACAUCAGAGAAUCCACACUGGAGAGAAACCCUAUGAGUGUAAUCAAUGUGGAAAGGCUUUUACACGAAAAACUAGUCUUACUUAUCAUGAAAGAAGCCAUACUGGAGAGAAACCAUAUGAAUGUAAUCAAUGUGGAAAGACUUUCAGAAGCAGUUCAAAUCUUAGUGAUCAUCAGAGAAUUCACAUUAGAGAAAAACCUUAUGAUUGUCAUCAAUGUGGAAAGGCUUUCAGAAGCAGAUUCAGUCUUAGGAAACAUCAGAGAAUCCACACUGAAGAGAAACCUUUUGAAUGUAAUCAAUGUGGGAAGGCUUUGAGAAGCAUCCUAAGUCUUAGGUAUCAUGAGAAAAUUCAUACAGGAGAGAAGCCUUAUGAAUGUCAUCAAUGUGGAAAGGGUUUCACACAGAAGAAUGAUCUUGCUGUACAUCAGAGAAUCCACACUGGAGAGAAACCUUAUGAAUGUCAUCAAUGUGGAAAGACUUUCAGAUCCAAUUCAGAUCUUGCUAGACAUCAGAGAAUCCACACAGGAAGGAAACUUUAUGAGUGUAAUCAAUGUGGAAAGACUUUAACAAGCAGAUCCAGUCUCAUUAACCAUCAGAGAAUCCACACUGGAGAAGAACCUUAUGAAUGUCAUCAAUGUGGGAAGGCUUUUAAAAGCAGUUGUAGUCUUAAGUAUCAUGAGAAAAUGCAUACAGGAGAGAAACCUUAUAAAUGUAAUCAAUGUGGAAAGGCUUUCAGAAUUAGCUCCAUUCUUAGGAAUCAUCAGGGAAUCCACACUGGUGAGAAACCUUAUGGAUGUAAUCAGUGUGGAAAAGCUUUUAGAAGUCGCUACCUUCUUAGUCAUCAUCAGAGAAUCCACACUGGAGAGAAUCCUUAUGAAUGUAAUCAAUGUGGAAAGGCUUUCAGAAGUAUCCCCAGUCUUAGGUAUCACGAGAAAAUUCAUACAGGAGAGAAACCUUAUGAAUGUAAUCAAUGUGGAAAGGCUUUCAGAAGCAGCACUAGUCUUAAAUAUCAUGAGAAAAUUCAUACAGGAGAAAAGCCUUAUGAAUGUAAUCAAUGUGGAAAGGCUUUCACAGAAUCCAGACAUCUUAUUCAACAUCAGAGAAUCCAUACUGGAGAGAAUCCUUAUGAAUGUAAUCAAUGUGGAAAGGCUUUCAAAAGCAUCCCCAGUCUUAGGUGUCAUGAGAAAAUUCAUACAGGAGAGAAGCCUUAUGAGUGUAAUCAAUGUGGAAAGACUUUCACAUGGAAACAUGUUUUUGCUGUACAUCUGAGAAUCCAUACUGGAGAGAAGCCUUAUGAAUGUCAUCUAUGUGGAAAGACUUUCAGAAGCAGAUCCAGUCUUACUCAACAUCAGAAAAUUCACACAGGAGAGAAACCUUAUGAAUGUAAUCAGUGUGGAAAGGCUUUUAGAAAGAGCUGCCAUCUUAGUAAUCAUCAGAGAAUCCACACUGGAGAGAAUCCUUAUGAAUGCAAUCAGUGUGGAAAGGCUUUCAGAAGUAUCCCCAGUCUUAGGUAUCAUGAGAAAAUUCAUUCAGGAGAGAAGCCUUAUGAAUGUAAUCAGUUUUGAAAGGCUUUUACAGAAUCUAUACAUCUUAUUCAUCAUCUAAGAAUCCACACUGGAGAAAAAUCAAAUCAUGAUUAUGGAAAGGGUUUCACACAAAAAUCCAAUCUCAGAUUCCAUCAGGGAAUCCCCAUUGGAGAGAAAUUUGUUACACUCCAGUGUGACUUUUAAAAAUGACUUGACUCUUGGUAAGUUCCCAUGCAUCAACCCAUUUGAAAUCUCUCCAAUUAAAAAAAAAUGAGAAUCGACCUGUUUGUACAAAAAUAUAGCUGCACUUUUUGUGGUGGCAAAAAAUUGGAAAAUAUAAGGAUGUCCCUUGAUUGGCACAUAGCUAAACAAAUUAUGGUAUACUGUGGUUCUGGAAUACUAUUGUGCCAUAAGGAAUGAUAAACUGGAUGAGUUUUUUUAAGAACUGGAAAACCUAGGUGGCUCAGUGGGUUGAAAUCCAGACCUAAACACAGGAGGUCCUAGGUUCUAAUCUGGCCUCAGAUUCUUCCUAGCUGUGUGGCCCUGGGCAAGUCACCUAAUUCUCAUUGCCUACCCCUUACUGUUCUUCUGUCUUAGAACAAAUAUCCAGUAUUGGUUCUAAGACAGAAAGUAAGGGUUAAAAAAAAUGCUUAAAAACAAACCAAAAUAGAAAGACCUAAGUGAACUGAUGCGUAGUGAAAUAAGCAGAACCAGGAGGACAUUAUACACAAUAACUGAAACCUUGUGAAAUGAUCGAAUGUAAUUAAUUUUAUUACCAAUAGCAAUGCUAUGAUCCAUGACAAUUCUGAAGGAUUCAUAGAAAGAAUGCUAUAUACAUUUAGAGAAAGAACUGUUGGAGUAGAUGUGCAGAAGAAAACAUGAGUUAUCACUUCUUUAUUUGGGUAUAUAUUUGGGGUUUUGGUUUUAAAAGAUUAUUUUAUUGCAAAAAUGAAUAAUACGGAAAUAGGUUUUGAGUAAUAAUAUAUGUAUAACCCAGUGGAAUUGUUUAUCAACUCCAGGAGAGGGGAGAUAGACAAUGUGAAUCAAGUAGCUGGGGAAAACAUUAAAAUUUUUUAAAAAUCCCUUUGUUCCUCAUGAAAACUGUUUCUAAGUAACAACUAACUAGUAUUUAUGUUAACCCCCUAAUAUCUGCCAGUCCUUGUGCUAAUUGCUGGAGGUAAAAAUACAUAGUUCCUACCCUUUUGUAUCUUCACAGGUUAUUCUGGAGAAUUUUCCAUCCUUCUUGGACUGAUUUUUCCCCGUAGAAUAUUUGUCCAUGGAAUUGUAGUUAGCCUUUAUCUGAACCCUUUGAAAUUUGCUCUCCCUCAAUACAGUCCAUCUGUCAGCGUAGAUGGGACUUUCUUAUCACUAGACUAUAAUAUGGAAUGGUGUAUCUCCAUUUCCAUUUCCUGUCACUCACAGACUAAUAUGAUAAUCCCUAGAUUCAAAAAUUUAAUAUUAAGAAGGGACUUUUAGAGAGUGUCUUGUUCAACCUUCAGAAUAUAGAGGAGAGACAACAGGUUCUGUUGAAUGGUUGAGUGAUUUGCGUAUGAUGCAGAUUAAGCGAUUUGGGGAUCAUUAUUAGACACCCACCAGGAAUAUCCAAGUUGUCAGAGUGAGCUCUUAAGGCUUUGAACAGUGGAUUCAUUUACCAGCAGGUGAAUCUGGCCUUGCCUUUUCUCCACAUUCUGGUACAAUGACUGGUGCAGUUUUACCAGGACACACCUGCUGGGAGCCAUCAAAUCCACGAUGUCUGACACAGUCACAGGUGGAAUCCAGGGGAUUGCAAAGCAGCCCCCAGGAAGGAUGGAAACUAUAAUAUGGAGUGGUGAUAUCUUCAUUUCCAUUCCCUGUGGCACACAAGCUAAUAUGAUAAUCUCUGGAUCCAAAAAUUAAGUAUCAAGGAGGGAUUUUUAAAAGAGUAUCUUGUUCAACCUUCACAUUUUUGAGGAGAGAGAACUGAGGUUCUGAUGAAAGGUUGAGUGGUUUGCAUACAAUGCAGAUCAAGUGGUUUUGUGAUCACUUGUUUGUCAAUUUGUCAAAGUGAGCUCUUAAGGCUUUGAAUAGUGGAUUCAUUCACCAGCAGGUGAAUCUGGCCAUGCCCUUUAUCCACAUUCUGGUACAAUGACUGGUAUAGUGUUACCAGGACACACCCAAAUGACCAUGGGGACUGUUCCAGCCAGCACCACAUCCUUUACAUGGGCAAAGCAUUUCAUUUAGGUCCUUUCUUGCAAUAUGGAGUCUAUUACUCUUCCCCUUAUUUCAAUCAGGAGAAUUAAGAGUGUGUUUGUUUCACGAAGUCCUGCUCAUGGGGGAAGAAAAGAGCUCUUUGGAUAGUGACGGAGUCUCAGGAUUGCUGUCUAGUCCAGGGGGUGGAAGGAGGAGGAGGAAGAUGGGAAGAGGGACUAGAAAGAUCAGUGCCACUCAGCACUGAUCUUCAUAAAAUCAUAGACACAGACAUUAAUGCUACGCUAGAAGAGACUUCAGAACAUGUCCCACAUUUCCCCAUGAAACCAAAAUUUAUUUUCAAGUAUAUCUCAAAAUUAUGCACUGAUUAUCUAAGGAAUAGCCUAUGAAAGUAAUUACUUUGCUGAACGUCAGUCUCCUCAUCAAUGGGUUUGGAAUAGUGGAAGAAACACUGGUUUAGAUAACAAGAUACUCAGAAGUAUUAGACUAGUCCCCAAAAAGAGGGGAGGAGAGUUUACCCAAAGUCCUAAGCUGGAAGUCAGAGGCCACUUACAGACACAUUUCUUCCAUUUUAGAGUUUUGGACAAAUUGCCUGCCUUUUCUCAGCCUCUAUUUCUUCUAUGAAAAAUAAGAGAGUCUUAGUCACCUCUAAUGGUUCCAGAAGCACUAAGUAUCCUAUGCUGUUCUGCUAUCCUAUGCCCUUGGAUCUCAUCCCACAAUCAAGGCAGGCAUCUGGAUGGGAUGCCUUGGGUAGGGUUGCUGAACCAAGGGAGCACAGGCUAGAGAAGGAGGAGCUAGGCAGCCCCAAGACUUCGUUGUCUAAGCUCCCAAAUAGGGGCUGAAGAUAUUGGCCAAUAAGCAUUGACUAUGUGCUAGUUUGAUACGUGGGGGAGAAAAUGAGGGCAACUAUUUUUGACCAGAAGAUAAGAAGUGAAGGUGAAGAAAAAUUGGUUUGCAGGGGUUCUUGGGGCAAGAGAAAGGUUUUUUUCAGGCUUGCAAGAUUGAAGAGUAGCUUCAACAUGGUAGAAAGGUCUUACAUGGCCUGACCCAGUAGAACUUACAUCCAGCUGAGACCCUAAACAGAUAGCAGGUUCCUAAACAUUCACCAGAUGACCAAAGUCUUGAAGAUUCAGAGGGCUCCUGAGAGUGGGAGGCAACUGCUUGCUCCAACUAUAGGCAAUAUUCUGGGACUUCUCUUCCCCUCAAUCCUCAUUAACAACAUACAAGAUGAUGUUCUCCCCAAAGCUGUGACCCUGAAACUGAUAAGUUUUAGGACUCGCCAGUACUGGUCAUUGGUGUUUUCUCUUGGUGAUAGCCAGUCUCAGCUAAUAGCAUGUGUGAAGGCUGAGUUAAAUCAACAUGGAUAUUGUAGUAUUUAAUCCUUCAUAGAAUCAAUGUGGCUUCUCACUUAGAUCUAUUAAUAUAAAUUAGGAAAUCUGCUGUAAGAAUAGUUUAGGUAGAAAACACAAGUUUAAUUAUCCUUUUCUGAUGGGGGGGGGCUCCCUUCAUAGCCCCUGGGGCCACAACAACUCUUGCUUUUCUCUUUACUAAGGAGAAUGGAAAUCCUUUGCUAUGCCAGCCUCUGGGAAUCCUAAAAUUCCAUCUUCUUAGGAAGAUGUCAGAACUCCCUUUCUAAAACAUGAAAUGAUAGGCACAGGAUCUUGCCUAGUCCAGCAUUACAGUUUGCUAUGGACACAGCUUAGUAUGGAGCCUGCUCUAGAAUUCCACUCGGGCUCUGGGACUAUUCUGGGGAGUCGCCUGCCCACUGAUUUAGUUAAGUUGCUAGUUUUGCAUUAAGUCAGUGUCCUCAGAAGUUGUGUUUAGUACUCCCAGGCCCAUCUCAGUUCUCGGGGAAUACAUUCCAGUUUAGUUAUCUGGAGGGAUGGUCAUUCCCUGCCAUCCUUUACAUUUCUUUCUUCCAUUUCCACGUUUAUUCAAAUAGCCAACACUCGCCUCAUCUAUUCGCAGUGUCAUUAUUUCCACCUCUGUCUAACACUUCUAACCCAUCCUGGCUAUAACCUCUAUGCCCUUUGCUCUCCUAGGCUUUUAUUCCUCCACUAGCCACAUUCUCCCCUCCCUGUCUUGGCUCCUUAGUGCAUGAUCCUAUUCAUCUCUACCCUGCCCUCAUUUGGGUGCUUGGCCCCCUUAACACAGCUCCAGUUGUUCCUUGAAAAGUUUCAGUGUUGGAAUCUGUUACAAUAGAAUUUAUGACCAUAUGGGUAAACUGAGGGAGGCUUCACCAAGGAAAGUUAUGGGGAUACAAUCCACCAAUAACAGGUCUCUGCUUUUGGAGUAGCCAAAAGACCCUCAACUGGGACUGUGAUACACUUUUUCGGGGUAGAAGCUAAUGGAAUUUACAGUGUAUAUUGAAAACAUGAUACAAUUGGUCAUUUUAAUUUUAUGAUAUUAAUAAUGAAGCAUAAUUUGCCAUAGGUAGCACUUAACAUAAUUCAUAUCAGAUUCAUAAUUGGUUACACAUCUUUGGAAUUCAGCAAAUGUCCUCAGUACUAGUAAAAACAAUUCUGAAAUAUUCAUCUCUUUUUUUAAUGCAUCAAUCUAUAUGGUUUUUUUUUUUAGAAUAUUUUUCCAUGGUUACAUGAUUCAUGAUCCUCCUCCCACUUUCUCCUCCCCCUUCCCAAAGCCAACAACCUGAUCCACUGAGUUAUACAUGUAUCAUUGUUCAAAAUCUAUUCCCAUGUUAUUCAUAUUUGCAGUAGAGUGAACUUUUAGGAUCAAAACCCUAAUCGCAUCCCUAUCACACUACAUGACUGAUCUUAUAUUUUUAUAACGCUGAAAUACUCAUUUCAGACAGAAAAUAACGACAUUAAAAAGGACUAGAUUUUCAUAUAUGCUUAUUUAAUUCAGAUCAAGUUUUACAUGAACUUAAAGAGGGAUGAAAAUAUUGAAAAGUAAUAGAAAAUCAAUCAUUUCACAAGUUUAGGUGUUCAGAAGUUUAUGUAAUAGUCAAAUGAUUUGGAUUUUUAUAACCAAAAUUGAAACCAACAAAACAAAAUUCACAAAUACUUUUCACGUAUUUCUAAAUAUCCAAUGAAAUGAUUUGAAGUAUAAUCUUAGACUGAAAGGAAACAAAACCAAAAGCCUGGAGGAAUAAUGGAAUUUCUAAAAAUUGAGAAUUACCUAAAAUGCCAAGGUAAUAUAUAAACAAACCUUUAUGCUGCUCAAGGAGUUUUAUUCAGUUCCUAUAACAAACUGCUACAUGGCACUGGUUGUAAAGCAUUUGCUUCAUUGUCAGGGACUUGGAUGGAAGAAAAGGUUCCAUUCAUUCCUAAAGUAGCAGAGAAAGGUUAACUUCUACUAUUAUACUUCUUUUACAAAUAAGUUGGCCGCUACACUUUUUGUGGUGGCAAAAAAUUGGAAACUGAGAUGUCCCUCAAUCGAGGAUUGCUGAUCAAAUUAUGGCAUAUGAUGGCGAUGGAAUACUAUUGUGCUAUAUGAAAGGAUGCACCUUGAAAUAAGUAGAACCAGAAGAAUAUUAUACAUAGUAACUGAAACAUUAUGGGAUGAUCAAAUGAAAUAGCCUUUGCUUCUAACAGCAAUGCAGUGAUGUAGGACAAUUAUGGAAGACUUAUGAAAAGAAUGCUAUCCACAUCUUGAGAUAAAACUGUUGGAGUAUAAAUGCAGAAGAAAACAUGAUUUGUCACUUGUUUAUUUGGGUAUAUGAUUGGGGUUUGGGUUUGAAAAGACUUACAAAAAUGAACAAUAUGGAAAGUGGUUUUGAGUGAUAAUACAUGUAUAACCUAGUGGAAUUGCUUGUCAACUCUGGGACUGGGGAGGAAAGAAGGGAGGGGAACAAUAUGAAUCACGUAACCUUGGAAAACUUACAUGCAGAUUUGUUACUGGAAUAAAAUUAAGAAAACAGAAAUAAUAAAAAUAAGUUGACAGAAUUGGGCAUGUCUUCAGAAAAACCAUUUUUCUCUGUACUUUAUUAUCAUCCUGAAGAACCAUGCAGUUCCAACAAUCCCAGGGCAUAUUGCAUAAGGUAGGACAAGGAGCAGGUUCCAUAUUUUUGUUCUGGCUAAUAUAGGCAAGGUAAAGUAAAUCUGAGUCUUUUUCAAUGGCUGCAACAUUUCAUAUGCUUAGAGUUGUAUAAAACUAGUGCCACUGGUCUGUAUGUUUAUGUACAUCCAUGUUCCCAAUAAAGCCCUCUCAUCUGCUUCAAAA